UUUUUAGAUUUUUUAUGGUUAUGGAUUUAAUAAAUGAUCAAACAGAAAAGAACCAGUCAUAUAAACCAAUUCCAAAACCAAGAAAGUUUUUGAUGAAUAAUGCUUUAAUAACUAAUAAUUCUUGUCUUCUAACAACUUCAACAUUUAAUAAUUUAAAAUGUCAACAAUACCAAAAUCAACAUUCGUCACCACCUCCAUUACCUCCAAGAAGAACAAUAUUUCCACCAUUACCAAUAACAACAAAUAAUUUACAACAGCCAAAUUUAUUAGAAGAAGAAAAAAAUAAUUUAAUGACAACAACAACAUUAGAGCAUUCAAGUAAUGGUUGUUUUAAUAAAAUAUAUCCAAUUUUGGAUAUUUUAAAUAAUAAUAAACAUUUGGACAUUGCGUCAAACUGUAGUGAUUUAUCGUCUGAAAGUCAACAAAGUAAUCUAGAUUUCCCACCCAAUUCAUCAUUAAAAUCAACGUUUAUUUGUAAUUCUUUAUAUGAUUCGUUUGGAAGUGCUAAAUCUGAUGGAGAAGCUGUGUGUUUUUCUGGAUGGGUUCAAGUUUUGCCACAAGGAAUUAUUAAACAUAAAAAAAGAGGAUGGGCAGUAAUUCGAAAUGAUUUGUUUACAAUUAGCUUAAAUGAAGAGAGUCCCUCUCCCUUUUUUGGACCUUUUGAUAUUGGAAAAUGUAUUUAUUUGGGAAAAACUAUUGGAAAUAAUAAUUCGGAAGAGAUUUGUUUAAUUUUCAACAAUAAUUCAAAUAAAAAGAAUAACAAGCCUUUAAAAGAUGAUUCUAAUACUUUUAUUACUUUACGCUUUAUACCAGAAGAAAAUAAUGGGAAAUAUUGGCUUCCACUUUUGGCAAAGUCUUCUUCCCCUCGAAAUGAUCUUCUUGGCGAUUCACUUUCAUUAUUAGACUGUUGUGGCAAAUUAUAUAUUAAACAAGGAAUUAGUGGCCUUUGGAAUGAUGGUUGGGCAUUUAUAACUGAAAGAACUUUACAUUAUUGGGUUAUUGGACCAAAUGUUUUGACUCAAGUUGAUAUUAGAAAAAUUAUUUUUAUUCAAAGAAAGGAUAUACACAUUUCUGAUUGGUGUAAUAAAAUUGAACAUUCAACACUUGGGCCUAUUUUAAUUUCUCUUGAAGGAAGUUCUCUUUAUCUUCAAUCUUACAAUGAUUAUUGCACAACAAUUUGGUUUGAUAUUUUAACAUCAGAAUUAAAAAAAGAACCUAAUAACUUGGAAGAUUGUCGACUAACUUUAGAUGAUGUUCCUAUUAUUGAUCCUCAUGCUGUUCAUUUAAAACCACCAACUUGUGAUGAAGCUGUUUUUGUUGUUGCAAGUGUUUUACGGACAUUUUUUCGUCAAUUAAAUAAACCUUUAAUUCCUCAAAAUUUACAUACAAAACUUUAUGAAAUUUCAAAUUUAGAAUCAUCCAAAAAACCUCAAUUUUAUCGUCAAUUAAUUUUUUCACUUCCUCAAAUUUAUUUUAAAACACUUCGAAAAUUAUUGGGACAUUUACAAGAAAUUAUAUCUCAUGAAAAUAGAAAUUUGGCAUCUUUAGAUAAUAUUUCAAAAAUGUUUGGACCAACCUUGUUUACUGUUGCUAGUUCAAAUGAAGAAAUUUCUGUUGAUUCGUAUACUUGGGCAACUAAACAAACAUUUGUAAUGCGCGAUUUAAUUUUUCAUUAUUGUGAAAUUUUUGGUGUAAGUGUAGAUGAAUUAUUAACAAAAUGCAAACUUGAUUUGAUGCAAGAACAAAAAUCAACAAAGCAUCCAGCUGCAGGUAAACACGUUUUUAUACAUUGGAAAAUUUGUUUAAGUUUACUUAUACCUAUUCAUUUAUUUGAAAAAGACAAUAAAUGUUUUAAUAUUCAAUCGGAAUGGACAGCAAGUCAAGUAGUUGCUUUUAAAAUAAAUAAAUUAACAACAACAACAGAAGGAUCAUCAACAUCAUCAAAUAAUAAUAAUUAUGCACUUUUUGAAAUGAUAAGAAAAGGACAACUAGAACGCAGAAUUGGUGCUAAUGAAUCGAUUAAAUCAAUUGUAUUGGGUAGAUGGCUAGAAUGGGAAGAAUUUCAAGAUAAUUAUUUGUUGCUUAAAAAUGAUUCGAAUCCUUUUCAACCACAGAGUGGCCGUGCAUUUGCUGAUGAUUUAAAAAUUUCUGAGCCAAAUUCAAAAUCUUUCAAAUCUUCAUCACUUCGAAUAGAAGAAGGAACACGUGUUUGCCUUUAUUCAAAAAAUUUGAAAAAAUUAAAUGAAUGGAAAGUUGAUGAAAUGAUUUGGUUUAUUGGUGCAGAAAUAGAAAGAAAAUGCCCUUUUCCUUUUGCUUUAACUUUUUUUGUUUCUACAGAAAAAAGAGCGGCCAAAUGUUUAGGGAAAUUACCUGGUUAUUGUGUUGCGUUUAAAGAUGAAGUUCAAAGACAUCAAUGGUUAAAUUGUAUUUGUUUAAAUCAAUCAGAAUAUUUGCCACAACCGCUUAUACAAAUUUAG